UCUUCAGUGACAGUUUUAGUUUGUUUCGACUACUCGGUGACUAGUGAUUUGCAACACAGGCGUCUUGAAUUCGGCGGCCCCAAAGCGCAUCCCAGUUAUUAAAUAGGAAGCAGUGCUAAGUGCUGGUUUGUUCUACAAUUCAUUACCGACAGAUCGUUGCGAUUGAUAAUGGGUUUCAAUAAUCGAUUCUGUGUCCUUGCGGCGCUCACUUUAUGUUUCUUUAAUGAAGGAUCGGCUCUACAAUGCUACGAGUGCACGGCGAGCGAUGCGCUAUCUUGCGGCAGCCCUUUCAACAGGAACAACGUCAGCGUCAUAGACUGUAGCAUGUCGAUAUUCACGGUCGAGCUCGGAAACGACUCGGAAAAUAAAGUUUUUACUUGUUUGAUGAUCAAAGAAACCGAUACUACGACCAAUGGCGUUAUUUACAACAGAAGAUGCAGCGUAAAAAAUUCCGAUGACACAUGCAAAAGGAUAAUUGAAGAAAAUCAAAAGAAACCAAACAUUAAAACUACAUGUACCGAGUGCGAAAAAGAUCUCUGCAAUUCUACGUCAAACCAGUUUGAGAAUUUUAGCAUUAUCGCUUUAUUCAUUAGCUUUGCUAUUUUUAGAAUAUAGAAUAUAUUUAAGCUAAAAGUUAUAAUUAUAACCAUUAGUAAUGACUUUAUUGAUAAUUUUUAAUUUAUUUUAAUUAAUUAUUAAUGUAAUAUGAGGAAAAUAAAACAUUAAUUUACCACAAUACACUUUACUCUUAACACUGGAUGCAAUUAAAACUAAUAUGUACAAAUUGUGCGUUUAUACAGGGUGUCCCAGAAAUAAGUACAAGUUUUUUAAGGGGUGGUAGAUCUCGAUAAAAGAAACAUAUUUU